AUGCCGCUCGCGCCGAAGUCGGGCGCCCCGGCUCCCGCGGCCAGGAGCUGGCCGGGCGCCCCCGGGCUCCGCGUGGCCGUGGCGGGCGGUGGGCCGGCCGGCCUGGGCUGCGCCAUCGGGCUGGCGCGCCAGGGGCACGAGGUGCACGUCUUCGAGCGCCUCGACACGCCGGCGGCGCGCGGCCUCGUCAGCCGCGAGCGCUCCUACCCGGUCAUGGUGGAGGCCCGGGGCAUGCGCGCCCUGGAGAGGCUGGGCGCCGCCGGGCCUCGCAGCGCCGUGCGCAGGCACAUGGCGCAGCGCGAGGACUUCAGCUUCGACGCGCUGAUCGGCUCGCGCGACGCGCUGGUGCAGGGCCUGCUGGAGCACAUCGGGGAGAGCCAGGCGGCCUGGCCGGGCGCGGUGCACAUCCACCACUGCUGCGGCGUCGUCGGGGUGGACCUCGGCCGCCGCGCGCUGGAGCUCGCGCCAGGCGCCGCCGCCCCGGGCGCGGAGGCCGCCGCGCUCGGCGCGCCCUGGGACCUCGUCUGUGCCUGCGACGGGAAGAACUCGCCCGUGCGAGAGUCCGCCGCGGUGCAGGAUCCUGACCUGCAGGUCUCCCACCACGAGGACUUCACCUGGUACAAGCCCAUCACCGUGGACGACCCUAAGGACCUGGCGCCCGGGCGCAGGCACGACCUCGACGGGGUCGGCGUGGUGGUGCUCCCCAACGGGACGGCCGUGGGCCGCGUGGGGAUGAAGGGCGCCGGCAAGGGCAGCGGGGCGGGGCAGCUCAGGCGGAUGGGGCUCCACACGCUGCUUUCUCACGUCUCCGCAGAGGAGGAGGCCGCCUUCGACUCGCGCCGCGUCUCCUCCGAGGGCGGCGGCGCGAACGCCUCGCGCCUGGUCGCCGGAGGCUGCCUUGCGCUCAUCGGCGACGCGGCCACCUCCUACGUCGAGGCGCGCGGGGGCCGAGGGGGCGCCAACCAUGCGCUGGAGAUGGCCGCGUCCCUGGCGGAGGCCCUCGCGGCCAGGGGCUGCAGCGGCCUGGAGGAGGCGCUGCGCACGUGGAGCGAGGGGCGGAUGCCGGACGAGCUCGCGUAUGCCCGCGGCCAGCUCGGGGGGCCGCCAGACACGGCGCCCUACCGCGAGCUGUCGGCGAAGGGCAAGGGCCAGGGCAAGGGCAAGGGUAAAGGGAAGUCCGGCCCUGGCGGUGCUUACGGCGGAGGCGCUGGCCAAUUUGAGGCAGCGGCCGAGCCCAGGGGGCACGGCUUCGAGCCGUACUGCCAUGGGCAGAAGGGCUGGGGCGGCAGGCUCGGCGCCAAGGCCUGGGGUGCUGCCCCUGACUACGCCUCGCCUGGAGACCUCCCUGGCGCCGCUGGCUGGCAGGGCAAGGGCAAGGGCAAGGGCAAGGGCAAGGGCGAGGGCAAGGGCAAGGGCAAGGGCUGGUGGUGGGGCGGCUCCUGA